GCCUCCCUGGGGGGAGAAGAAAGGAUUCAGCAUUGAACCUGGAAGAGUAUAACUUAACUGCCUGUGGGAAUAACAAGCUAGGACGGAUUCACUCCAAUCCACCUGUGGGGGCAUGCAUUAAUUCUGCACAGGAACAAAGAAUUCUCUGGUGGCUCAUGACAUGACAUUUGAUACCGUGCAGGCUCCUUGGAGUCCAGAGCACCAGAUACAGAGGCCAUGGCUCACCAAGAAAGUCCUGGACACUGAGGACAAGGCUGUGUUCCCACUUCACUCCAAGAUCCCCAGAUACAUCCACUUCACCACCAACCGUGAAAAUAAGUGGGGCCACCAGCGCGGCUACAGGAUCCAGAUAGUCAGCUUUGCUGGGGACCAUCUGCCAGAAGCCAGUUCCAUGGAGCGGUCCAUCAGCUGGGGGAGGUACAAACUGGCUGUCACCAAACGGAAAGAGGAGGAGCCGACCAGCACCAGCAUCUACAACCAGAACGACCCCUGGACGCCCACCGUGGCCUUCGCUGACUUCAUAGACAAUGAGACCAUCGUAAAUGAGGACCUGGUUGCCUGGAUUUCUGUUGGCUUCCUGCACGUCCCGCAUACUGAGGAUAUUCCUAACACGGUGACUGUGGGGAAUGGAGUCGGCUUUUUCCUGAGACCCUACAACUAUUUUGAUGAAGACCCCUCUGUUCACUCACCUGAUGGCAUCUAUUUCAGAAGUGACCAGGACCCCAGCAUGUGUAAAGUUAAUCCUGUUGCCUGCCUGUCCAAGACAGCCUCCUGCUCACCAGCCCUCCCCGCAUUCACCUACAAUGGCUUCCGGAACCAGACAGGUCCCUGAGCCCCUGACUGCAGGGCCUUGUACGUGGCUGCUGAUUGACUGUUCAUUGGGCCAUGUGCUCAGGCUUCCAUCGAAAGCAGCAGUUAGCCCUGGCUCACUGACACCAUAGAUCUGUAGAUGGUUUAUACAGGGCCGUCCUUAGGCAUCCGCAGUUGCAUAGGGCACCAUGAAAUUUGGGGCACCAAAUUGCCCCAAAUGUCAUGAUGCCUUAGGCAGCUGGGUGCUGCAUACGCGACAGCACUAGCCCCGGUGACCAGCCCUGUCCCUCGGCCGGCACCCCCUGCAAGGGGCAGGGCCGUCCCUAGGGGGUGUGGGGCGCCGGACAACUCCCUCCGCCCCGCCUCUUACCCUCCCCCUUGCUCUGUCCCUGCCUUGCCCCCAUUGCACCUCUUCCCCCAGCGACCCCGCACUCACUGGCAGCAGCGGGAACCGGAGCAACCCGGCCCCAGCCUGCGCUACUCCACCAGCUCCCAGUCAGGUUCCUGGCAUGUUGUCAGCAGGGCUCUCAAUUGGACAAAGUUUGAAAUACCUCAUGUUUAAUUAAAGUUUUCCCAGGUCCCUUUUGAUUCAACAGAUACCUAGUGACCUGGUGCAGAGUUGCAGUUUAUCUAAGAGUGUAUAUAAGAGACUUAGACACAGAAGCUCUGCACACUCACUAGACGUGACCUGAUGUAGCUUCAAGCAAAACAUUCACUAGCAAGCAUCUGUCAUCUUCUCACAGGCCUACCAAGGAGCUCAGGUUGGAUGUGCAUUCAAGACCAAUUUUUAUUUCCUGUAACAUUUCUGUAUUGCUACAAGCUCUGUAUCCUCAUUGGCUUAGGUGUAUGUCAGUCAAAAUAUUACAGCUGUCAGUACCUUCACAUAUAUUCAGUAGUUAUACAUAUGUCCACCUUAUAAAACACAGGAAAAGAUGUGCUAAUAAAAGGUAAGUUACAGCAGCGUCAUUUGGAAAAGGUUUUUAAAAGUGCUAAUGGCUUUAGAAAUGUCCUGCUUUUGUCUCCUGUUUUGUGUUGCUGUAAGGCCGGGUCUCUCAGCCUCUCCAGACUACUGUACCCCAGUCAGGAGUCUGAUUUGUCUUAUGUACCCCAAGUUCCACCUCACUUAGAAACUACUUGCUUACAAAAUCAGACAUCAAGAUACAGCAGUGUCACAGCCCCCUAGUACUGAACAAUGGCCGACUUUCUCAUUUUUACCAUAUAACUAUAAAACAGAUCAAUUGGAAUUAAAAUAUUGUACUUAGACGUUUCAGUGUAUAGUCUAUAGAGCAGUAUAAACAAGUCAUUGGCUGAUGAAAUUGUUGUUUGACUGACUUUGCUAGUGCUUUAUAUGUAGCCUGUUGUAAAACUAGGCAAAUAUCUAGUUGAGUUGAUGUACCCCCGCCCCUGGACCUGUGUGUAUCCCCAGGGGUGUAUGUGUCCCUGGUUGUGAACCACUGCUGUAAGGGAGCAAAGGCUCCUUUGGGUGGAAGGCAGAAGAUAUGGGUUCUGUUCCCAACUCUGCUUAUGAUUCAGUGUGUGGAACCUGGGAGGCGUCACUUGACCUCCUGGUGCCAUGGUUUUCUCUGCUGUAAAAGGGGCACGAAUUGAUAAUGCUGACUCUGUGUUGUAAAAUGUUUUGAGCUCAAUGGAUGAAGGUGAUGAGUGUUCCCGUUGGAGAGAGGCAGGGCUGAAACAGACCCGGCAGGAUUUCUGCGGAGACCCAACAGAAGGGUGUAGGACAGCGAUGACUUACUAUGUCCUGGGAAAGUAAGAGGCAGGAGGCGGGAAUGCACCAGGCAGACCGUCAGAAAGCUCAGGAUAUGUUGCAGCAGACUGCAGAUGGCGGACGGAUGUUCAAGAUGGGCCUCAAAGGCUGGUGCAGUUUGGGGACUGCUAGUUCCAUGGGGAGUUGCGGAGAUGUUAGGGCAUUGGCUGGCACGCUCAUUUGCAUGGAAUUGCCCAGAAUGCCUCUUGUUAUUUCACUGCACAGCUAGUGGGAGAACAGCCUGGAUGGUUUGAGUGCUGAGACCGUGCUCCCCAGGCCAGAAUUGUGGCCAGGCCUCAAGUCUGGGUUACAGGACUGUUGUGUGACCCUGCAGCUGUCAAGGCUGGCCGGGGAAGGGGUCCCAGUGACCAGAAAGCCGUGUUUGACGCAGGGUGUCUUUUUCGCUCAGUUUUUGGGUGCCUGUUUAAAAGCUGAAUUUCUGCAUUUCUAUUGCUUAAGGGGACACAGGUGUCUCUCCCCACCAGAACAGAGUGGCAGCAGACCUUUGCUAGGUGGAUCCAGGCAAUAAGGGCUGAUAACAGUUCCUUAUUUUUUCAUCUUGGUACAAGAAGACUGGGAGUUGCUGAGUGCAGCAAAAAGCAGCAAGAAACACCCCUGGUGAUAGUGAAUGGAGAUGCCAUGGAUUGGGAACUGUGGGUGCUUUAUAAAUAGACUGAAGGUUAGUUCUUCUUUCCUGGCCUACAUCGAGGGCUCUGCAUCCUCUGCUCAAAGGCUGCUUUGCAGCGUCCUGCAGUCAUCGCUCCUUGGCUCAUGAGCCCUGCACAGCGGCCUAUAAACACUGUAUCGCUGCGAGAGGAUGGAGCCAGCAGCUGAGGAACCGGCAUCACUGGAGAUGCUCAGAGCUGGGACAGGCAGCGUUCACCCACCAAUGGUAGUUUAGUACUGAUGAAAUCAAUCUCACGCCGAUGCCCGUCCAUCCCACACCAAAGGAGUCUACAGACGGGGACACUUCUCCUCUCUCUCCAGUGCUACACACAGAGGUGCUGCAGGCUUCCUCACGUAGGGACCUGCAAGUCCCAGCUUGCAGAAGUUAAGGUGCAUCAAACAUGGCCACACACAUGCCCCCUUCCUUCCUGUUGCUGUGCUUACCUGGAGAGUGGUCCCCAUCCUGUGGCUGCAGGGCCUCUCCUGACUCCCUUCUGCAUGUUAGUGGGAAGCCCCAUCUCCCCCGCAGCAGCCCAGAGGCUGUGGAGUUCAGGUCUGGGCUGCGUCCCAGCCAUGGUGCCCAGCACGCAGAGAAGAGCCUGGGGCAGCUGGAACUUCACGUUCAAUCCUCAGAUGGUACAACAAAGCAUGAAAGCCCCUGCUCCUUCCCCAGAGCCAUGGGCUGAUUACCUGCCCUUUCCGGCCUCGGGGGCCUGGGCCAGACUUGGAAUACCAUUGAGCCAAGGCCAGUUUCCUUAGCUGCGAGGAGAGAUGAGCUCCCAGCAGAUGGGAGCACAGAGCUAACCCAGGUGAAACUACUCCAGAUCCUGCUCUGCCAUCACCCCCUAGAGUGCACCCCCUCCACCCAUGGCCCAGUGUAUGCUGGGCCUGUGUGAACGGAGUGGAAGGGUCUCAGCCCAGUUCCUACUGGAGAGGUGUCCACACCAGUAAAACCACGCGCACUGGUGGCAGCCUCAGCAGAGAGCCACCGGUUGAACUGGCCAUGGGGUUGGAGUGCCUGUCUUGCUCCAGGUCAAGGAUGAGGCCAGUUGGUGGAGCAAGGAGCGUACGGGGAGAAGAAACUUGUGCUGCCGCUGCCCCUCCAGGAUCUCUCAUGCCUGGAGAAUCCACUCAGGACUGAGGAAACAAAACUGGGAUUGGGAAUGCAGCUCCUGUGAAACAUCCAGCAGGAUGGGUCUUCUCCCAGUUCAGAAAGACGGGGGUACUGGCCCCAGAACACGUCCUUUGGAUGUCAGAGGACCUUGCAAAGGAAGGUCAGUGUCGUCAUUCCCACUUCACAGAGGGUGAAACUGAAGCAUCGCUCGGGGACGUGACUCACCCAAAGCUCCCCAGCAGGUCAGGGCAGAGCUGGGAGCAGAGCUCUGCUCUCCUGAACGCCCUGCUCCUGGAGCCUGUGAAAGGCCGAGUUUGAACCCCCCGGAGAACAGUAGUGGUGACAGGGAGCAGGGGAUUUUCUCCCCAUGAUGAUUUCUCAUUGGGAUGCAGGGAGGUUCGGGGUCAGUGGCCCAGGGGCUUCAACAUGUCAGCCAGCUUGUCUCAUUAAAGAGGAGGAGGCCCGUAGCAUGCUGCGAUACAGCUUCUGACUCCUGGGGAGAGCACACAACAUACCCAGCCACAGUGGAGAGAGAGGGGCUAAACUCAGGCCCGUGCCGGGAAGGCAAGGGGUUCUCUGCAGGCGUGUGAAGGAGGAAUUCGGCUCUGGCAGGCUGUGAGGGGUGAUUUGCAGAGCACAAGGAGUCCCAGGCAGCGCAAGCCCAAAGCGCUAUCUCCUCAACUCACAGUCAGAAGGAAACUUGGACCGAGACCAGGCCGGAUUCGGCAGAUAUUACAGCACGCUGGAGGGCCAGGAGAAAUCUUGUGUUACCCUGGCAAGAAGCUGCGUUGCUCUCUCGGAGGCUGGAUGGGUUGCAGCUGUUCCUAGCCCCGGACAAAUGUUCCUCAAUGCUGAGAAACUCCACUAGAGCUCCCAGCAGGACGUGGGGCCUGGAUGUCGGCUCUGGGCCCGUGGCACAGAUUCCGUCUCUCCUCUGGAGGAGGCGGCUGAGGGGGUCAGGGCUAGGCCAGAGCAUGGCAUUGCCUCCCAGGCUGGGUGCUGCUCUGCCCAUGGGUGCACCGCAGGGUGGGGCGUGGGGGUUGCCAGCGCUGUGGGUGUGGCCAGACUAUACUCCUCACUCUGAACAGCCAGCCCCGGAAAUGCAUCAUUUCGCCCUGCGGGGCUGUGUGGGGCGUGGACUCAGCUACCAGGGAGACAGGGGUCCGUUGGGGGGCGGGGGGAGCUGUAUUGGGAUCAGAGUGACCCCAGGGUGAUUGGUGUCCCCCUCUGGGCAGGGGCUUCCUGGAGGGAGGCCCUCAUCCAAGCAGCAGGUCUGCAUGCCGGCAGGAUGCAGAUGGAGGACAUGCAGGGAAUGUGGUGCAGUAUCUGAACACCUUACACUCAGCAGUGGCGAAGCACCUGCUGGAUUUCAGGGUCUCUGGCUUUUCUCCCUUGGCCCUUGCAGUGCUGGGUCGCGACCGAGGAGCAGCUGCACGUACAGACAUUGCAGCCCUCUGGCACACACGCCAGGCUCCUGGGGACAUCGGCAGAGCCACGCCCCGUGGCCGGCCGAAGAAAGGCCUGGGCACAGCGCGCUCUCCAUCACGGGGGUGUUUGUGCAGAACGAAAAGUUCCAACGGGUAAUUUUCUGCCGAUGAAACCCAGGCCCCGUCUGUCACUGGGUCAAUUUCCUAGUCACUCGCUUCCCCCAGCUGUGCCCAACGGAUCCAGGCCAGGCUGUGUGGUCUGAGAGGGGCAGGAAGCUAGAGGCCAGGCUUGGGGCUGGGAGGUAGACAGACAUUCUGGGUGGGUGCCAUGCUGGGGUGUAUGGGCAAAGCUGGUGCCUUGGGUGGUGCAGUGGUGCCAUCUGGGGAUGGGGACAGGGCGGGGUGGUGGUGGAGUGGGAGAGGUGCUUUGGGGACUGGCUGCGUGGAGAGCAGGAGGCAUUUCUGGACAUCAGCCCCUUGUCCUGGCAGCAGUUGGUUGUUUUCUGAUCAGAAUCUCUCGGCUCUAACGCCCUGUCUAGAGGGAGAAAGGAGCGCCCCCACCCCACCGCACCCCCCACCUCCUGCAGCUUGGCCGGGAUGGACGUCUGGGGAGAUCUCGUAAUAAGACUGGAAGAAGCUGCUGCCCAGUGACUCUCAGGGUCUCCCCUCCCCCUCCUAUUUUCCAUGUGGAAACUUCACAAGGCAGAACUCUUACUGGGAUGUUUCCAAGAAAAGACAUUUUUAAAGCUGAAGCCAGAUUCCCUGGCAUUGUCCAGAAAGGCUCUCGCACAAGGACCCCGGACCAGGAGUGUUUAGCAAAGUCAUUUUCUAAGCCCUGUUUCUGUGCACAUGUUUGUUCCCCUUUGCCUUUGGGGAUCGCGUUUCCCAGCUUCUCUCUGUAAUCAGGAGGCCUAGAACCUUGCAUUAUAUUUUAACAG